AGUCGACCGUUGAGGCCAUGACUUGACAGGACAGAAAGCCCCAAAGUUGCGGUUUGUUCCUGGAGUUGAGUCGCGGAAAACGGCCGAAAGUCACCCGUUUUCUUCUGCGGUUUUCUUAACGCGACAACUAGCGGAGGUUUGACGGAUUCGGUGACCGAUAGGAGGGGGUCGGAGGAGCCUUUUGGAAGUCUAAAUAGCCCAAGGAGGCCCGGGAAAUGUUGGGCGAAGCUAACGCGGAAUAGCCAUCAUCAUCAUGUCGUGGGAAGAAGCGUCUCGUUCUCCGGCAUCGCCUGCGCUGCGUUCGGUCGCUCUCUGAUCCCGCCCGGCCCGGAACCGCAGGCGUAACUCCAGGCUCGACUGUCAAUGCCGGUGAAGUGCGGCUCGACACAUUAGUGAGCAGCGACAGAUUGACGGAAGCUUGCUAGCCAUGGCGGACAGCGUCGGAGAGGAGUCCGGCGUCGGUUCGCUCGGCUUAGGCGUUACCGGACAGGGCGGCGGAGCCUCGCCGCUCCCCGCUUUGGCCAACUCGCUGCCGGGGGGACUUUUCGCCGCGAGCGUGGGUCACCCCAGCACCUCCUCGGCCUCCUUCCCGCCCGCCGCGGUGGCGCAGAGUGGCCUUACGGCUUUGGUGGCCCCCGUGGCCGCAGUCACCCCCACCGCUGCCGGCUUCGGGGAAACCUUCACCCCCGCCUCCUCGCCGCCCGUCGUGGCCGUGUCUCCCAUCGCGCACGCGUCCUCCCCGGUGCCGGGGGUGGGGUUGGGCGUAGCAGGAGGGGGCCUGCUGUCCCAGAUCCACGCCACUUCCUGGGACCCGUCUCUAAGCACAGACUGGGACAACGAGAAGGCGUCGCAGCAGUGCAUUCUGAGGAUAAAGAGGGAUAUCAUGUCCAUCUACAAGGAACCUCCUCCCGGCAUGUUUGUGGUGCCUGAUCCUCAAGAUAUGACCAAGAUCCACGCGCUGAUUACAGGACCGUUCGAUACGCCGUACGAGGGCGGCUUCUUCCUCUUCCUGUUCCGCUGCCCCCCAGACUACCCCAUCCACCCCCCGCGGGUGAAGCUCAUCACCACUGGACACAACACUGUUCGCUUUAACCCCAACUUUUACCGCAACGGCAAGGUGUGCCUCAGCAUCCUGGGGACUUGGACCGGUCCAGCUUGGAGUCCUGCCCAGAGCAUCUCGUCUGUCCUCAUUUCCAUCCAGUCUCUGAUGACGGAGAACCCGUACCACAACGAACCUGGGUUUGAGCAGGAGCGACACCCGGGUGACAGUAAGAACUACAACGAGUGCAUCAGACAUGAGACCAUGAGGGUGGCCGUGUGCGACAUGCUGGAGGGCAAAGUUCCCUGUCCCGACGCCCUUUGGAGCGUGAUGGAGAAAUCCUUCCUGGAGUACUACGACUUCUAUGAGGGCGUCUGCAAAGACCGGCUGCACCUGCAGGGCCAGAACAUGCAGGACCCGUUCGGAGAGAAGCGCGGCCGCUUUGACUACCAGGGGCUGCAGGCUCGGCUCAGCGCCACCCGCAGGCGGAUACGGGAGAAGAACUUGGCAGAAGACGAGCACAACAACGAGGAGUCGGACUCGGACACCAGCUCGUCUGGGACGGACCCCGACAGUCAGGGCAGCUCCCAGCCCUGACCCGGCGGGGCCGGACCCCACCCAGCCAGAGCUCCUCUUCUUUUCUCUUUCUUUUGGGCUGUUUGGAGAAGGUUGCCAUGCCAACAGCUCUGAGUUCAGAGGCUUGCUGGGCUUAUCAAGAGUCUGUUGUUUGGAUAUGCAGAGGGGUGGGGCGCGUGGGGUGGGAUACCCAACUGCCCAGAUGUUCUUGAGGGGCAGCAGUUGGGGGGUGGGGGUGAACCUCUGAGGGGGAGGGAUCAGCUGGGGGAGGGAGGGGGGACGUGUUGGAGCAGCAGACGAUGCUCCGCUCAGCCAUGUGGACUUCUCAACAGCCCGAAGCUAAGCUGCGUCUUUCUCCACCUCUUUAGACCCGGGGGGCUCGGCUGCCUCGGAACCGGACCUCAGCACCGAGCCCGUGCCGCUCUGGGCCCUGCUGGCAGUGACUCCUGCGUGUGUCUCAGUUGUACUUGUGCUUCAUGUUUGGAUGCAGAAACCAAAGCUGCACCGCGACCUUUGAUCAAACUGACCCGUGUUUGGUGCCGUAAAUGUUCUGUGGCUCCUGGUUCUUGUGAGGGAUCCGGAGAAAAAAGAAACCAUUCAAGUGUGCAAACUAGAACUAACCGGAUCGCUUUGGGAAACCAAACUUCCAAUUUUAAUGUUCCGUUUAGUUGACGGGGAAGUUCUGCGGGGUUCUGACCCUCUGAGGGGCUCCUGCAGUCCUUCCUUUAAACUAACCCGCUUCACUUGUAGCAUCAGAUGAUGGGAAAGGCGGCAGGGCUUUCCUCAGAAGAAGCAUUUUAUCUAAAAGAGUCUGAAACCCCGGCGUCCGUGCAUGUCCCGUAGACCUGCAGACCACCGAAAAAACCCGACCCGCUGGACCCAGAUGUGUCGCCGUUGAGGAGGGAAGUGAUUCAGCCUCCACCAACCUGUGUGUUUCCAUCCAACUCUGUAGUUAAACAUAGAUGGAAGUGAAGUUUAGGGGAAAACGCCAACAUUUCCAGACGGACCUUGAACGCAGCACAACUGCCCUUUCUGAAGCCUUUGGAUGAUGGUUUCUGCAGAUCACUUCCAUUUUGGGCGUCCAUCCCUGCUUUUCCUUUCCUUUCUCACAGAAUCAGUGUGAAAAAUGAAAAAAAGUGAUUUCUAACAUGUCGAUGAGACCCUUCCUGACAUGGAAGAGGGUGAGUGAAAGACGUUAAUUCAGUUUCUCAACCCUGAACAUAGAUGAUGUAGAGAACUCUAACAAAUAAAGAUUUGUUCAGUCCA